CCAUUUCACAGCUUUCAUUUCCUGUUGAGUGAAGGUUCCGUUUUCACUAGAACAUACUUCAGUCUUUAACAAAUGCUUUGGAUGGUGUGUGGGUUUUCUGAUACACCAUUUCUAAGGACAUCAUGAGGACUAUUCUUUGCCCACUCAUCAUCUUCCUCCUCUUUCUACCAUGGAGACUAAAUAGCCAUUUGACACUGAGCACAACUAUCCUCAACAACCAUGAGGAUAUCACUGACCACCACAUGCUUACAGGCACAACAGAUGAUCCAUCAGGACAUAGGCAAUUCACUGUUGCUUCUGGAAUGGAAAACGUGGUAUCACUUUCAAGCAGCAAUGAGAAGCAACACCUUACAAGCAAAAGUCAUUCAGAGCAGCAAGGCAUCCGGGUGAAGACUUCCAGUGGUGAAGGCGAGACAUUGAAUAAGACGACAAAAAGGAAUGUAGAUGACAGUCAAAACAACUUAAGCACACCAGCAGAGCCUGGAAGACAAAAAGUGGGGAAAGAGGUAACAACUCCACAAAAGGAACUACUAAAACCAACAGAAAGCUCACCCAGACCACAGGCUAUUUCUACUGUGCAUAUACAAAAUACUACAGAAUUUGACCAAGAGGUCCCCAAAAACCAAAGGGCAGAUAAUUUGCCACAGGAAAAGACAACCAGACUGCCUUCAUCUUCAACAGAAAAGGAGAUGCAGGAAGUCACACAGGAAAUAGCCUCUACUUCUGAUUCCCCUGAUCUAUAUGAUCCUCAAAUAAAUGGAACAGAUGGCAAAACAACACAUACAAAUGAUCUUCAUACCGUGCAGCUGACAAUGGACGCUACAGUCCAACCAAGCUCAAUCACUCAAGUGCACACUUCCGCAGUAAUAACUGCAACAGAUUUCAAUAAGAUUAUUACUGGACUAAGUACAGAGGGUGUGAAAGCCACACGGGGGCCAGAAAUCACAAAAGAACGGAAAGCCGGUGAUAUUCAAGGUCCUGAACUUAAGACUCGAUCCACAGUUCAGCCUACGGUUAAGACAUCCACAACCACUCCUCCAUACACCACCAAAAAGACCACCAUUAAACUAGUCCCAAAACCUCCAACAAAAGCAUCAUCAAACAACAAGCAUCAAAAGAACCCUGGUGCUGCUGUGGCAGCCGUGAUUGGCACCACAUUCUUCUUGAUGUUCAUAGCAAUCCUAGUUAUCUUGAUACGGAAAAAUAAAAUCCAGAAAAGGCAGCUAGAGAAUCCUGAGUGGGCUGGACCUUCGCCAUUUUUGGAUGGCGAGAUUCAACCCAACUUGCCAGAAAUGGAUGUAUCCGACAGAUACCUUCCCCAACGACUCUCUAAACACCUGACACUUCGGAGGAACACAAACGAGGACAUUUGCAUGGGGGACAUACUGCAAGGAAGUACCUUUGCCAGACAAAGUCUGAAUGAGCUCCAAGAACCCAAUGGGAAACCAGUGGGUCAAAGCCCAACUAAGAUAGAAGAAAAUGAGAACCAACCAGGUUCAAGUUUCAUGGUUUCUCCAAACACCAAACCACCUGCAGAAGAAAAUCCUGCAGUUACAGUAGACAUCCAAGAAUCAAUAGAGCAGACUGAUGACAUCAGUCCAUCUCCAUCUUCUGGCACGGACUCUGUAAUUAAACCAUUUCCAACUUUAGUGUCUAUAGAUCUUGAUUCACUUUCGGAAGAACCCGCUCCCCUCCAAACAACAGAUGUUGGGAUUGUUCCUCCAGAUCCGCCACUGCCUUAAUCUCGAUGACCCAGACAAUUUUGACUGCUUCCGCCCCUACUAACAACUCAAUGGGGAAAACAAAUAAUUGUAUUCUAAAAGACAAGAAACCUAGGCAAAUGUGAUUUCUUGCUUGGGACUGCUGCAACCUGAUGUUUAAGAAAGUCUUCUUUAAUUACAAUGUCACCCAUAUGACACUGUCAUAUAAAUGCUUUAAAUGCAAUAAUCUUUACCGUCUUAACGGUUUCAUUAAGGUGCAAUCUCACUAGAAAAUAUAUUGUUUCUGCUCACAACAUUUUGUUCUCCAAAGCUUACUCUUUAACUAGGGCCUUAAAUUCUGUCAUCAUUUACUCAUUUAAAAGUUGUUCAAAACCUCUAAGACUUUUCUUUCCUCCAUGGAACUCAACAGAUAUAGACAUUGAUGUUAGUCUCAGUAAAAAUUCACUUUCAUUGCAUCUUUUUUCCCUCCAUUCAAUGAAAGUAAAUUGUGACUGAGGAGGACAUCGUCUAAAAUCUCCUUUUGUGUUCCAUGGAGAAAAGAACAUAAACAUAAAUUCUGAACAUAAAUUAGUAAAUGAUGAUAGAAUUUGUAUUUUUGGGUGAACUACUCCUUUAAGGCUGUAUCAAGUAAUGUGUUGUCUUUGAAAACACAUACCAAAAAAAAUUAUCUUUACUCUGCAAGCUCUUGCUGACAUAUGGCUAGCCCUGACACAAACAUUACAACACAUCCAGACUGUGUAUGCAUGUGUGAGAAUGAAAAAUGGCAUGUAGCAGGUAUGGCCUAGGGAUGGGCAUUUUCAUGUAAUUUUGUAGUAGAGUACCCUAACCCCCCCACAAAAAAAACAAAAAAAAACAACGUGUUUCUGAAUACUUGUAAAUUAAAAUGCAUGUUAAAAAACACGUAUGACAUGUACGUGAAUCUUAUAUUUAGUUUUAUUCACAAAUGUGACCAAGAAUGGUUUCAAAAUAAGAUAACCUCAACAAACUAUGCUUUUCUUUUGGGAAAAUAAUUAAUAAAAAUGGAAAAAAAAGAUAACAAUAAAACAAACAUUUGCCCUCGCCCGGAGCAAACACAGAAACCAAUACUGAAGGCACGUGGGCAAUGCACAUACAUAAACUCUGAGUCUACAUAAAGGCUAUCACAUUUGUAUAAUUUCACGUUAUUAUUCAGAAAAACAAGUGGUGAAUGUUGGCUUUUUAUAAAAUGCGCUCUGCCUGUGUUAAGAGAUUUCACGCACACACACACACACACACUAGUCUGAUCAGCUUAAGAGUUCGCUUUGCAUUCUUUCCACCAUAAAAGCAGAUCCUCAUCUGCUGGUUUGCAUGACUCCAACAAGAACCAUAUACAAAGAGUAGAAUUCAAUAAGAACCAAAGUAUUACAAGUAUUGCCUUGUAAUAUAACUUGGCUUUGGUUUAGAAGCACAGACACCAUGAUAUAUCUUCUCUCAUCCAACACCUCAACAUCACGUAUCCACAGUGCCCCCCAGUGGACUCAAUAGUAACUGUGUGAUUUGGUGAGAUAUUCAAAGGGAACAGUGAAUGAAUUUGUGAUAUUCGAGAAGUGUUUUUAAUACUCGAGUAGCUGGUGCAGAACGACUACUCUAUUACUCAAUUACUUGUACACAUCCCUAGUAACCAAAACUAUUUCUGAGUGAAUUACUGAAUUGCUGCAGCCACUGGGUACAUUUCUAUGGUGCAAAAAAAAAAAGAAAAAAAAAGGGGGGGGUCAGCAUCUGUGAACAACAUUAUGACAAACCGAAUAGCAGCUCUGGUGGCAGUAAAUUUUACACUAAAAUAAAAAGUGUUGCAACAACAUGGUUUGUGCAACAAGAUUAAUCUCACUUAUCUGAGUUCCUAUAGCUCAACUGGUAGAGCAUGGCGCUAGCAACACCAAGGUCAUGGGUUAGAUUCCCAGGGAACACAGUCAUAAAAUGCAGGGUUUUUCCUGCAUUGAAAAUUUUUUGGCGGUCACCAAAGUAAAAUUUCGGGCUGCCGAAGCGAAAUUUUAGGAUAUUCAUGUUGAUUUUGGUGCUUCAUUUAUGCUAAAUAUGCUUCUUAUGUGGUACACGGAUGUGCGUGGGAUGAUUGAAGACUGACAUUACGUGCGUGUCGCGCAAUCCACAGAGAAUUUCUCGCGCAAGUGAUGCGCUCUUCUCUAUCCUACUAUUGUACUUCUGGAGCACACAGGUGUGCGUGCCUCAACCGGGCUUCACUCAUAUGCCAGGUCAGGAUAGCGCAGAGUGGAUCACAUGCACAACUACCCUCGAUGCCAUGCCGCAAAACAAACCUAAUGCGACCAUUUGAAUUCUACACAAGAAUUUUCUAUUUAAAGCGCUAUGGAGCAAUUCAGCCAUUUCAAGGCAAGACAGCAAUGACAUUUUGAACAGCACUAACGAGGGAAUGACAAAACCCUAUACUCUCACUGCCCUUCACCAGCAACAAUUACAAGACUUCACAUCUACACAUCAACACACUUACUAACAUUUAUCACAGUAAACUUGAAUAGAAUUUUCAUUACAUUACAACUGUAGCAGUUGUAUUAAAAAAAGUUAACUUUUUAAAUGUGUCAGGGCUAUUAUUUUUUUCAUAACAAAUACACAGUUAAUUUUUUAAGACUACCCAACUGGGUCACAUGACGCCAUGCAAGAAGCAGACGUGUGAGCAACGAGCUCUGUGCACUUUGCUAAAUUUUCAAUUCUUUUCAUGAUAUAAUCUUGUGAAUUUGAUACAUCCAGUUACACAAUUGCUCUUUGAUGCAAAACAUGGCAAAAAAGUCAAAAUCCUCGGGCUCUGGAGACAUUAAAAGACACUUACGUGUUCAGGAUGAAAGCCCUGACAGGCCUACAGACCAGGGACUCAAUUUGGAUGGCACGGCGGGAGAAGGAAUCCAGUGUCAGUUGUCCAACAUGUCGGUGAUGUUGACGAAGGUUCUUGCUGACUUGGAGGAUCUCGCUGUAAUACGAUCGAUCGAUUACGGCGAUGGAAAUAAAAUUCUCUGAACUAGUUACAUGAGUGUCAGACGUUGAGAGACGAAUCGAUUUUCUGGAAUCUUCGGAGAGGGAAUUAACCGCUAACCCGCCCGCGACCAAAGUUGAUUUGGAACAUCUCCUUGAAAAGCUUGAAGAUCUUGAGAAUAGAAGCCGCAGGAAUAACGUCAGAACUGUUGGAAUUCCUGAGCAUGAGGAGGACAGAGACACGGUGAAAUUCCUAAAUGAGUUUUUCCCGAGUCUGCUCGACAUAACAGGCCACAAGCUGGAAAUCAAGUGAGCUCACAGAGUCCCAGCUCACAGAUCUGCUGAGGGAGAUAGGCCCCGAUCGAUUCUGGCCAGAUUUCUGAGAUCAUCCGAUAAAGAUCUUGUGUUGCGCCAGGUGAGGAGCAAAGGGAAGCUUUCUUGGAAGAACCAUAAUAUUUUCUUGUUCCCGGACUUCGCGAACUCGACAAGAGAGAAACGCGAUCGGUUCAAGGAAUGUAAGAAACCCUUACAUCAGAGAAAGAUCUCGUUUGUUCUGAUGUUUCCAGCCAAACUGAGAAUAGAAACGAAGGUUGGUCGCAAAGUAUUUAUAUGUCCCAAUCAAGCAAUGUCUUUUAUAGAAUCAAUGUCUGAGUAAACCACUGGAUGUUACUCAUGUGAGUGGGUCAACUCGCUGUACUUACUCUUGAGGAAGCUGGGCGACAUUUUGGGUUUUUUGCGUUGGCUCCGCUGAGCGGCCGGAGCUUGUUUUGUGAAUAACUCUUUCCUUAAAUAAGCUUUUAUAUUGAUGGAAGAUUACAUUUGCAUGGAAGUUCCUGGCCAGUUUGAGAGUGGACACUACGGAUGACUGCAAAAUAUCUACAUGCUCACACAAAGGAUGUCUUUUAUAAAGCGGACGGAUUGUGUAAGUCAUGGUAUAUAUGUUUAUACGGCCUCCGAGUGAACUGACUCGACCAUCCGGGGAACCAGGAUGCCGGUUUUGUUUCUUUUUGUAUUGGUUCCGCCUAGCGGCUGGAGCUUGUUCUUUUGAAUAACAUUCCUUUGGAACAGCUGUGGAUUAAUCUGUUCGUUCUUCGUGCUUAUUCCUCAUGCUGGCUGGAGUUUGUUUUUAGUUUUUUUUACGGGACAUUGGAAUGAUCACUCAUCCGCUGAACUCAUAACAGCCGGCUCACGGAACAUCUGUUUGUCUGUCCGAGGAAUCUGAACGGUUUUAUUUCAGCUGAAAUUUGUUUUGUGGAAGAUCACACCUUUGAGACAGUUCUGUGAAUGAAUCUACACAUUCUUUGUGUUAAUUCUUCCUAUUGACUGGGUUUAUUUUACAAAGUAUUUUCUGUUAUGUAAUUUUGCGAGGCAAAAUUGAGCAAUCCGAUGGCAAAGUUGUCGUGGGGGCUUGUGGGCGUUCAUGGACCUUUUGAGUUUAGAGGGACUGUCACCGGUUGGCGCUUUCGUGCGCAGGGUUAAUGUGCAUGUUUUUCUUUUUUCUGUUUGUUUUGUUCGGGGGGAAGUUCAGGGUUUGAUUGUUUCAAUAAUGGGGAAUGUGGUCUGUAUAAUUUUGUUUUUGACACACAAUUAAUUUUUUCUAAUAUGUCAAAAUGUCAAAUGUUAAUAUGAGUGUACUAUCUCUCUCCACAUGGAAUGUGAAUGGGUUGGGGCACCCCAUAAAAAGAAGGAAGGUUAUUUAUUUUCUUAAACGUAAGAAAUACGAUAUAGUGUUUCUUCAAGAAACACAUCUCUCCCCGCAGGAAGCUGAAAAAUUUGGGCAGAUAUGGGGUGGACAUGUUUUCUUUAGUGCUGGCUCAAGUAAGAGCAAGGGAGUUAUUGUAUUGGUAAAUAAACAACUACAAUUCAAAUGUCUCAAACAGAUUAAAGAUAAAUUAGGAAGAGUAAUUAUUGUUUUAGCUGAAAUUCAAGGGCAAAGUCUGAUUUUGGCUAAUAUUUACGCACCUAACGCUGAUGAUCAGGACUUUUUUUCUAGAUCUUGAAGGGAUGUUGCAAGCCGCUGGCACCCCUUAUGGCGUGGCUUGGGAGGCACUUAAAAUGGUUCUUAGGGGCCGGAUCAUACAGUAUGCCUCAUUCAUCAAAAAAUCGAAAGCACGAGAACUUGUGGAGUUGGAAGGAAAUAUUAAAAGUGCCGAGGCAGAGCUGAAGCGCCGUAUGUCAGCUGAUGGCCUCAGAGAAUUGACCCUAUUGAAAUAUAGAUAUAUUACUAUUUUGUCGUGGAAAGUGGAGUUUUGGUUAUUCAGGGCAAGACAGUCAUACUUUGAGUUGGGUGACAAAGCAGGGAAGCUUUUGGCUAGAUAUAUAAAGCAGAGAGAGUCUUUUUCUACCAUUCCCUCAGUGAAAUCUGCCGGUGGUGAAAUAUUUACCUCAGUCAUUGAUAUUAAUGAUGCCUUUAAAGAAUUCUAUAUUGAUCUUUAUAGUUCCACGCCUUCGUCUACUGAUGAAGAUAUAAAAACUUUGUGGAACCAUUAGAUCUUCCUAAACCGACGAUUGAGCAAAAAAGCUCUCUUGAUUCUGAGAUAACCUUGGAGGAGCUUGACGAGGUAAUUAAGUCCCUACCUACUGGCAAGUGUCCGGGGCCAGAUGGUUUUGCUGCAGAAUUUUUUAGAUCCUAUGCUACAGAACUGGCUCCACUUUUGCUAGAAGUUUAUACUGAAUCAUUAAAGAAGGGAAAACUUCCUCCAACCAUGACACAAGCCCGGAUCAGUCUGAUUCUUAAAAAGGACAAAGAUCCAAGCAAGAGUAAAAGUUACCGUCCAAUCUCCCUGAUCCAACUAGAUGUAAAAAUAUUGUCAAAAAUUUUGGCUAAUUGAUUAAGUAAAGUUAUGACAUCUCUUAUACAUAUAGAUCAGGUGGGGUUUAUUCGGGGCCGUAGCUCUUCUGAUAACAUCAGGCGUCUCAUCAAUAUCAUGUGGUCAGUGGCAAAUGAACAAUCUCCGGUCGCUGCCAUCUCACUUGACGCCGAAAAGGCGUUUGAUAUGGUAGAAUGGGAUUAUCUUUUUAAGAUUUUGGAAAUGUAUGGGUUCGGGAGUACAUUUAUUGGUUGGAUUAAGUUACUUUAUAAACACCCUGUAGCAGCGGUACAAACAAAUGGAUUAAUUUCAGAUUAUUUUACUCUGAAUAGGAGCACCCGGCAGGGUUGCCCUCUUUCCCCAUUAUUGUUCCGUCUUGCCCUGGAACCAUUAGCAGCUGCGAUAAGAAAGGAGGAUGAUUUUCCAGGGGUGACAGCGGGAGGUGUGGCGCAUAAGCUUUUGCUUUAUGCAGAUGAUAUUUUAUUAUUUGUCUCUGAACCUACUAGAUCUGUGCCUUGCCUCCACAGAAUUAUUAAUUCCUUUUCCAAGUUCUCAGGAUACAAAGUCAAUUGGUAUAAAUCCGAAGCUUUGGCUCUGAUAACAUACUGCCCAGAAACGGCUUUCCAGCCAGGUGCUUUCCAGUGGCCCAAACAGGGCAUUAAGUAUUUGGGGAUUUUAUUCCCAGCAAAUUUGUCUGAUUUAGUUGGAGUUAAUUUUGACCCUUUAAUAAAAAUUUUUCGAGUGAUGUGGGCAGGUGGGCUUCAUUACAUUUAUCAAUGAUUGGGAAGGUUAAUGUUAUUAAAAUGAAUUGUAUUCCAAAAUUCAACUACCUGCUACAGUCUCUCCCUGUAGAUGUCCCCCUCUCUUAUUUCAAGCAAUUUGAUAGCAUAGUGAAGUCCUUUAUUUGGAAUGGUAAGCGCCCCAGGUUAAAUUUCAAUAAGUUACAUAGGCCAAUUGACAAUGGUGGGUUAGGCCUACCCAAGAUUGUUUUAUUAUUAUGCAUAUGGUCUUAGACAUUUGGCUCAUUGGUCGCUUCCACCUGAGAGAGCCCCUCCCUGGUUUUGUAUUGAAAAGGAAGUUCUUGCCCCUAUCUCGCCACUGCAAAGCCUUUUGAUCAAACUAGCCGGAGAGGUUAAGUCGCAACCCGUUAUUUUGCAUUUGCACUCGAUAUGGACAAAAGUGUCCAGAGUAUUUAAUUCGGAUAUUUAUUUAAAUGCAGCCUCGAGCAUAUGGCUGAACCCUAAACUAUGUAUUAAUAAGUCCCCUUUUUGUUGGUCAGAUUGCAUUGUGAGGGGGGUUAAUGCACUUGGUGACCUAUAUGAGGGUGGAGUAUUGAGACCUUUUGAAAAUUUGGUUCAACAUUUUGGCAUUCCCAGAUCUCAGUUUUAUAAGUAUUUACAGCUUCGCCACCUACUCUGCACUAUUUUUGGGAGUGGCACGCACCCCCCUAAAGCGGCAGGUGCUUUGGAAGAGGUGAUUACUGCUUUUGGAAAAGGCCAUGAAGUAUCAGUGUAUUACUCCCUACUAAUCCAGAGUCUGGGGGAUGGAGCCUGCUUCUCUCAAGAGAGUAUGGGAAAAAGAUUUGAAGUUGGUAUUGGAGGAUGGAGUGUGGACUAAGAUUCUUAAAAAUGUCAAGUCUGUAUCUAGAGAUGCAAGGGUUCGCCUUAUGCAAUUUAAGAUUUUAUUGGACCCCCUCUAGAUUAUAUAGGCUUGGUCUUAAAAACACACCCACUUGCUGGCGAUGCCAAUCAGAAGUUGGAGACACUACCCAUGUCUUUUGGGGGUGUGUUAAGAUCCAAGAGUUUUGGUUGAGGGUUCAGAGGUAUUUGUGUGGUGUUUUAAACACUCAGGUUUUCCUUUGUCCCAGUCUCUGUAUUUUGGGUGAUGGGGCGGUCAUGCAUUUAGGGGAUAAUCACAUAAAAAAAUUGGGUUCUGACCAGUCUCAUCAUCGGCAGGCAAGUAAUUUUAAGGGGUUGGAAGUCAAGUGGGGCACCCUCUUUUUCGGAGUGGUGUGUGGAAAUGGGGAGGGUAGCUGCAUUUGAAGAGGCGGUAAGUAGAAGGCUGGGGUUUAGGGACUUAUUUGCUAAAAAAUGGGGCAAAUAUUUAGUUUUUUUGGGGGACUCUCGGGGAGGGGAUGUGGAGAGUGUAGUUUAGUUUAAUCAUGUAUGUUUAUUAUUAUUUUAUUUAUUUGUGUAUAUAUAUGUGUAUAUAUAUAUAUAUAUAUAUAUAUAUAAUAUAUAUUUGUUUUUUUUGUUUUUUGGAUUGUGUGUGUUAUGUGAGACCGCAGGGGUGUUCGUUAGGGGUCAGGGUGGGAUUGUAUUAGUAGGGUUUAUAUGUAAAAUGUUGAUUCUUUAUAUAUGUGUUGAGUUUUUUCCACUGUCAUGUGCAUAUGAAUCAAUAAAAGUGUUAAUUACAGAAAAGAAAAAAAGACUACCCAACUAACCACUGGGGAGAAAAUUAUGGUAAACAAAAGGGCAAGUAGGAUACAAUGUAGAAUAAAAGUCUGGACCUUUAUAAAUUAUGAAGAAGGUCAUGUGUAAUAUUGUAAUAUGUUUCCUGUUCUAAUGAUGAUUGAUAUUAGGAAACUGGCUUGGCUUCAGAUAUUCCUAGAAUCACAAUGAUUGCUAAAUCACUAAGAGUGCUAAAAGAAAAUAAAUAUCUGGUAUGGAGCAGGAAACAAACAUAUUUACUAUAAGCACAGUCCCAAAUCAGUAAAGUGGUUUACUCAUAAAUAUUAACUAGCCAUACAGAAAUAAUUAGUUUGAUUUCCCACAGCACCUUGAAGUAAAAAAACAAAACAAAAAAAACAAGACUCUGUUGAAUUUAAAAGUUUCUAAAUGCUCAGAUGAUAAAAAAUAAAUAAUAUUCAUUACAAACAUGAAAUGCAACAACAUCUCUUAAAUAUUAAUUGCAAUUAUGUAUAUAUAUAUAUAUACACUGUAUAUAUAUAUAAAGACAAAUUCGUGAUGAACGUACAUCAGCCACCACCCAGGAAAAUCCCUGAAAUGUAUACCUUUAAUACACUAAAGGUCGACUGGGAUAAAAUUGUCUGCCAAAUGCAUAAAUGUUAAUCUUAGUUUUUUCAUAAACUCUGCUCUGGAUCAACUAGGUAUUACUGAGAAAGGGAGGAAGCUAGUACAGUGGCAUACUGUGUGCCGUCUGCAGAGAUGAAUGCAGGGUCUGUGCACUGGUAGCAGCAGAAAUGAGGGAGGAAAUGUGACAGCGGAGUCAGAUCAGGAAACUGACCACAAGACUGUUUUCUGCAUUUUUAUAUAUUUUAAAGCCAAGUCUCUGCACCUGGUGGGACUCAGCCAGAAUUUAGUGUUAUAUGAGGCAUUAGCUUUUAUAAUAAGCUUUGUGGCAUGCUUUGCAUGAAUUACUCUCAUCUAACCUGGUAUAGUUUUCAGAAGUAAGGUUAACACUGGCAUGGAAGUCAGUAGUCAUCAACACCAUAAGCCACAAACUUAUAACAAUAAGAUCUAGCAAUACCAACCAAUUAAGGUGAUUCAGCAUUUGUCACAACAAUCAGAAAACAGUGCAUCAUCUAUGGCUAUUUCACUUCCAAAAAUGCACCAUGGUUUACAGUGGCUUUUGGACAUAUUACAAUAAUAAUACCAUGAUUUUCUGAAAAUGUUACAUGGUAUUUCCAUGUUUUAUGGACAUAUACUAUUGUAAAAACAUGGUAUUCUUCAAGUUACUCCAAGUACCUUGGAGUAUUUUGUGACAUGGGUAUUUCACAAACAAAAAAUACCAAUGUAUUAUGAUUUUUUUUUUACAUGGUAACAUGAUAAAACCAUGAUUUCUAGAACACCAUUGAAUUCCUUUUAGUACAUUGGAGUACCUUGCAAAUACCACAGUACAUAAAUAUGGUAACUAUUCAGUAACAUAGCAUUGAAUGUUCCAUGGUAUUAUCAGUGGUCGAUUUGUAAAAAAAAAAUUCAAUGGGGAUGGUGUUGUCAAAGAUUUUAGUUUUGUUUUUUCAUGUUCUCAGAAAUGUAAUCUGUGUCCAAUUUGGUUUCAUACAUUUUUGAAAAAUCUUCAUAGCACUUUCUUUUUCUACAAAAAAAUAAAUAAAUAAAAAUAUCUAACUUUAAAAUUGUCAUGUGGUGUAACCAUUAAGUAAAAAGUAUU